AUCGGAUGCCAAGUCGGCCCAGUUGAAUUCCUCUAAAAGGUGGCCCAGUACUUUGAGGCCGAGAAAUGGCUGUUGAAGGUAAACUGCAAUUGCAACGCUAUGCAUGGAACUCUAGCAUUGUGGUGGCUAUGGCUGUGGCUCUGUGGUUGCUCUGUUUCUCCAGUUCAAGAACAAGAGCAAAACAAAACAUGGCCAUGUCCCCAGAAGCCAACACGCAGACUGCAGAACCCUCUUCUCCAAAGGACGAAUAUGCUUUACUAUCUUGAUGAUCCUUUGGAAUAGAGUGUGGUUUCUGCAUUACUUUCCAGUUUUUGAAUUUUUGGGAUGUGGGAAUUUUGAGUUUUGGUGGUUUUGAUUCGUCCCACUAGUGCCAAAGUUUAUCUUUUGUGUUGGUUUUUUAAAACAAAGAAAUGGAGAGAACCGAGAGGAAGAUGAAAAACAGAGCAUAAGCUGAAAUGGAGAGAACCUUGGGUACUUUGGCAGCUCUGCAGCCACUUUGCAGCCUUUCAUUUCAGCUGCAUUUGUAUUUCCAUUUCAUUUCAGCCUCAUUUCAUCAACAUUUGCAGCAUAGCUUGCUGCACUUUGCUGCUACCGUGCUUUGGUGCAGCUCUCCCUUCUUCAUUUGCUGCCAGUUUGUGCAGCCUUUCAUUUUCACUUGCUGCUACUUGGCAGCUUGAACACCACAACUCCAACAUUUUGCAACAGUGGCACGUUAGUUGUCCUAGUCAUCUUUUCUAGAUGCCAUCAACAUCAUAUCUUUCUUGACAUGUGGGGUGAAGGUAGAGAAACACAAGUAGAGAAGAAUGGUUUUGCUAUUUCUCUAAAGGCAGAAACUGCCCUUUCUUCCGUAGGGAUGCUUUAUCUCAUCAUGACACCGUGUAGGAAGACAUUGAGAAAUGAGCUCGAUCCAUAAUUUCCAAAUCAAAGUGGAAAGCUGAUAUUUGAUUUAAGGCUGAGGUUUGUAUUACCUGCAGAAUGGGAAAGGUUAACUGCUAGGCUGCUACUCUAUAUUUUGCGUGAUUAUUUUUUCAUUGUUUUGAACUAUGGACAAAUAGAAUUGUUUAAUAAUG